UCGAUUCACGGAAUCAGUUCUCUCAAUAGCAGCUGCAAUUCUACUCCUCCGGCGGCUCCGUGCAGCGACCCACCGGCCGGCAGCAGCAGCGAUGGCCGAGGCGGUGCACGACGGGCCACGGGGGCGCGGCCGGAUGCUGGGCGGCAUCCAGGACGCGCCGGCGGGGCGGGAGAACGACCUCGGGGCCAUCGAGCUCGCCCGAUUCGCCGUCGCCGAGCACAACACCAAGGCCAACGCGCUGCUGGAGUUCGAGAGGCUGGUGAAGGUGAGGGUGCAGGUGGUGGCCGGGUGCAUGCACUACUUCACCAUCGAGGUCAGCGAAGGCGGCGCCAAGAAGCUGUACGAGGCCAAGGUCUGGGAGAAGGCGUGGGCGAACUUCAAGCAGCUCCAGGAAUUCAAGCCGGCCGCCUAGGAAUAGGAUGCUCUGCAUAUGUAUAUGUGAUGCAGCAGAUGAAGCUUGUGGUUGGAGCCUAUCGAACAUGUCACUCUCGCUGGCUAUAAGUGUUUCAUGAUGAAUAAACCUGCUCUGUACCUGAUGCAUCGCA